AGUUGUGUGGAGGACAUGUAAGAUACAAAUCGAUUCACAAUCUUGUUUAUAUUCUCCGCUUUUGGCUGCGCUUUUGCCAAAAGAGCUGCUGGAACUUUGUGUUGAAACUGCGAUCUCAUUCCUCUGGAAAUCCAUGGAAAUUCCCCACAACAAAAAUCUGGCCCUGUCUGCUCUUGUUUGCAGGCACAGCUGCAUCAUGCAUCAGCUACUGCUGGCUGUUUGCCUGCUGUCGCUGUUCUCUGCGUUGACUGUAGACUCAUCCAAGAAGGGACGCAACUUCACCAUCCAUUCAUCACAGCUUAGUUGCAGUUUGCCAGGCCCUCAGGGUCCUCCAGGGAGUCCAGGUGCAGCAGGUCCCAGUGGUAACGUAGGCAAAAUGGGGAUGCCAGGUAUUGAUGGCCAGGAUGGGAAGGAUGGUGACAAGGGACAGAAGGGAGAGAAAGGGGAACAGGGCCGUCCUGGGAACUCUGGAAAACAUGGACCACAAGGACGUCCAGGGCUUGUUGGGAAGGCAGGGCCAAGGGGCCUUAAGGGGGUGCGAGGGGCACGUGGUGUGUCUGGAGUCGCUGGGAUAAAAGGAGAGAUGGGUGAUGUGGGGGAAACCGGUGCUCCUGGUGGUUGUGAUUGUGGAGCAGAGGCACGAUCUGCUUUCUCAGUAGCAGUAACCAAGAGCUAUCCCAAGGAACACACGCCCAUUCGCUUUAACAGGAUUUUAAUGAAUGAGGGUGGUCAUUACAAUGCCACCAGUGGCAAGUUUAACUGUGUGAUUCCUGGUGUGUAUUACUUCACAUAUGACAUCACGUUGGCUAAUAAACAUCUGGCGAUCGGACUUGUCCACAAUGGCCAGUACAAGAUCAAAACUUUUGAUGCCAACACAGGAAACUAUGACGUGGCCUCAGGAUCAACAAUACUUAGAUUGCAGAAAGGAGAUCAGGUCUGGCUUCAGAUCUUUUAUUCAGAACAAAAUGGACUCUUCUUUGAUCCGUUCUGGACUGACAGCCUUUUCACAGGUUUUCUCAUUUUUGCUGAUCAGGCUGCUCCAAAUGAGGCAAAUAUGAUGACUAAUUCUGGAUCAUCCUGAUUGAAUUUCACAUUUCUUAUAUAUUCAUUUUAUCAUAUGGCCCCAAUAUGACCAGUUCUGGGUCAUCCUGAUUGAACUUUCUAUUUGUUUUAUAUUUUAUCAUACAGCCCCAAUAACCCUUUACAGAUCCACCACAUCAGUAUUAGAGCAAAACAAGACAUGGGACGUGUGGAAGCAAUACCAGACUUAUAAGAAAUAAAUCAUUAUUGAUUAAGUAUCAAAAAA